UCCAAAAAAAAAGUACGUGGAAAAUUAAAAGUCAAUGCACAAAAAUAAGAAUAGGAGGUUCGAACUCAACGUUCUCCAUUGAAGCGCAGUUGACGUUCUCCGUUGAAGCGCAUUCUUGUAUCCCUAUUGAAGCAGCUUCUAAGUUGAUAUGGAUAAUGGAGAUCAGGAUGUUGAUGUUGGAACUUGGUUCUCCAAUUUGCUCCAUGAUCAAUGGGUGACAGUUCCUGUUGCCGGUCGUCGACCUCCGGGUCGCUAUAAGCAUGCUGCAGCUGUUGCCGGGGAGAGGCUUUUCAUUUCUGGUGGUAGUCGUAACGGUCGUCACUUGUCAGAUAUUCAGGUUUUAGAUUUUACAAAUACUACAUGGUCGUCGCUGAAGCUUCCUGCUGCCUCAUCUGCAGCUGAAAAUGAUAGCUUGGUACAAGUCUUCCCAGCCACCUCAGGUCACCAUAUGAUUGUUUGGGGACAGAAAUUGCUACUACUUGAUGGGCAUUCAAAGUAUUCUAGUUGUGUAACAGUACUAAUUUUGGAUCUAGAGACGCAAGAAUGUGGUGUUAUGGAGACUAUUGGAGAAAUUCCGGUUGCUCGCGAAGGAGAGUCGGUGACACUGGUUGGCUCAAAAUUGAUAGUGUUUGGUGGUGAAGAUAUCCACCGGAAACUUCUAAAUGAUAUAUAUAUUCUCGACCUUGACACAAUGACUUGGAAUAAAGUUGAAGCUACGCAGAAUCCGCCUUCUCCAAGAUAUGAUCAUGCAGCUACUGUACAUGCUGAACGUUACCUCCUGGUAUUUGGCGGAUCUUCUCAUUCAACUUGCUUCAAUGAUUUAUACGUGCUAGACUUGGAAACGAUGGAGUGGUCUCAACCUGAGACUCGAGGUGAUUAUGUAUCUCCCCGAGCUGGACAUUCUGGUAUUACGGUGCAUGGAAACUGGUAUAUAGUUGGUGGCGGAGACAAUAAAAGCGGAGCCCUCGAUACACUAGUCUUAGAUAUGACCAAGCUUGUUUGGUCAGUGGUAACUUCGGUGAAACCAAGAGAUCCACUUGCCAGUGAGGGAAUCAGCAUCUGCUUAGCUCACAUUCACAGGGACCAAUAUUUAGUUGCUUUUGGUGGAUAUAAUGGAAAUUAUAACAAUGAGGUACUUGUUAUGAGACCUAAACUGAACGACUCUGCACGUCCUAAGAUGUACCUGUCCCCUGCCGCAGCUGCAGCAGCAGCAUCCGUUGCUGCAGCUUAUUCUAUCGGUUCAGGGAAGCAGUUGGAUUCAACCAAGACAGAGAACACUGAAGUAGAAGGUGCAGGUCAAAAGCAGGAUGGUUUUUCUGGUACAACUAGUGUUAAAGAUGCGAAAAGACUCUUGGAAUUGUCACUUGCUGAAGUUAGAGAAGAAAACUCUAAGCUGAAGGGAAAGAUUGAUGAAAUUAACAGUAACCAUGAAGAAUUAUCCAAGGAACUUGCUUCUGUUCAAGGUCAGUUGAUAUCAGAGAGAUCAAGAUGUUUCAAGUUAGAGGCACAGACAGCAGAAUUACAAGGCAUGUUGGAAUCACUCCCUUCUGUAGAGGCUGAAGUGCAAUCACUAAGAAAAGAAAAAUUCUUCACUGAGCAGGUUGAGCACAAUACAGCAGUACAGAGACAAGGUUCACGGGGUGUUUGGCAAUGGUUUUCUGGCGGUGAAAGCAGUCCUUGAGAGUUCGCUAAAUAUUUCAACUCUAUUAUGGGGUUGAUGUAUUGCAGUUUAGGUAGCUUUCCAUUCUGAAAUGGCAAAGUUGUCGAUUUUUUUUCCUAGCAGCAACUAUGCAUUGCUAGCUGAAAAUUCGGCAAUGAUAGCUAAGGGCUUGUUUGGCAUUGUUUUUUGUUUUCAGCUUUUUUUGUUGUCACAAGAAGAAGAAACAAGAAAACAGGAAACAAGAAAAAGGUGUUUCCACUUUUUUGUUGUCAGUUUUCAAAAGUAUCAUGAUUUUAAUUAGUUUGACUAAUUUUUGUUUCAUUAAAUGACAUAUAUCAUGAGUAUGAAAAAAAAAAAAAAACAGAAAACCACAAUGAUGCCAAACGAACAUUAAGUUAAUUGAUUGUAUUUGGCAUUGUUUUAGAUGAACAUAAAAGUCAUUGCCCUGUCCUGGCUUACUGUCGCUUCUUUUUAAAUGUGAAUGUGGACUGAAAAUGUACAAUUAUGCUUCUUUAAUAUUUUGUGCAAUUAACAAUUCUACUUCAUUUCUGUUAUCCA